UAUUAAUUCAAAAAUUUCAGUAUCAAUCAACUGUUCAUAUAUUUUCAAAAAAAUUAAUUGGUUUAUCUACCUUGUUUUCAACGAAACUCUGAGAAUACUGAGAUUGAGAAGAAAAAAAAAUAGAGAGAGAUUUUGUAGAAGCAGAGAAUAAGAAGUGUUAAGUAUGUGGAAUUAAUUUAGAUUUUAAUAUUUAAUAAUAAUGGAUAUGAGGAAGAAUCAAAACGGUGGAAACAGUAGUUAUGAUUAUUCGUUCCAGAUUCUGCUAGUUGGAGAUUCUGGAGUUGGAAAAAGCAGUCUUCUUCUCAGCUUUAUUUCUCAGCAUCCUCCUCAGGACCUUUCUCCUACUAUUGGUGUGGACUUCAAAAUCAGGACGCUAACAGUUGGUGGAAAGAGGUUGAAAUUAACAAUUUGGGAUACAGCUGGACAAGAGAGGUUUGGGGCGUUGACAAGCUCGUAUUAUAGAGGGGCUCACGGAAUAAUACUAGUGUAUGAUGUAACAAGGCGAGAGACCUUUACAAAUUUAUCAGAAACUUGGGCGAAGGAUAUAAAGUUUUACUCCACGAAUCCUGAGUGUAUCAAGAUGCUAGUCGGGAACAAAGUUGAUAGGGAUAGUGAAAGGGCUGUAAGUAGAGAAGAAGGCCUGGCAUUUGCGAAGGAGCACAAUUGUUUAUUUCUUGAAUGUAGUGCUAGGACAAGAGAAAAUGUGCAGCUUUGCUUUAAAGAUCUCACAAAGAAGAUACUGGAGGUGCCAAGUCUACUGGAGAAAGGCUCAACAGUAGUGAAGAACCAAAUUUUGAAACAGAAAGAAGCGCACAAGUCUCAACAUAGCGAAAAAUGUUGCUCCUAGUUGAGAUAUAUGCUUGCUAUAUACUCAUAAACGGGGCGAUUCUUGUUACCAGGAUUUGCAGUCGAAUGACAAGUUCAUCGUACAGUCGAUGGAACGUGUUGUUCUUUUUUUUGCUGGCCAUAGCUAGAUUAUCUUCAUGUAUCUACUAGAUGUAAAGUUUAUUUUUUUUCAUUUGUUAAUCUUUAGAAGAGUGGUUUCAUAAUAGCGUCUCGCGGGGAGAUGUAACAGGUCUUGUACCAAGACAUUUUUGGCUUAUAGUUGUGGUCCAAGAUAAAAAAUGUACAAGAUCAUCAGUGUCCAAUCUUUUUUAAGGAUUGGUCGUUUUAGCUUCUAUGUCUCGUGGAGAGACGAACAAGCUAAGUUUUGUGCCAAAACAAUUUUUGGGCUUUAUACAAAGUUGUUCAAGCUGAAAAAAUUAAGUAUAUUCUUUGAA